CAAAAAAUAUAAUAAUUAUUGUCAAGUCAUCAUUCUAGAAAUUCUAGAAAAAUGUUGUGGAGAAUUCUAUUAAUAAUCAUUUCAAUAAUUAUAACUUAUAUUUCAUCAACAUGUGGUAAUUCUCCGAUUAUCCCUUCAAGGUUUCGUAAUCGAUUGAGGCAAAAACAAAACAGACAAAUUAAGUCUUCUUGGAAACCAUAUUUAGCAGAUAUCGAAAGAGUAGAUAUCGAUAAUAAAAUGAUAAAAAAGCAUAUUUGUAAUGGAGCUAUUAUUAAUGAAAAGUUCGUUUUAACGUCAGGCAGUUGUAUUGAUAAGUUGGACAUAAAUGAAAUAGGGAUACGAGUGGGUUCUAGAAGAGCACAAGUGGGUGGAAUUAUAAAAGUUGUUUCGAAAAAAAUAAUGCAUCCAUGGUUUUAUGAAACGAAACAUGCGCCUGUUACGCACGAUUUAGCACUACUUAAGAUGAACAGAAGCUUAGGAUGGACAGACGAUGUUUUGCCUAUUCCAAAAUUGGCAGAUGGAGAUACACCUAUACCAGGAACGUCUAUAACAAUUUUAGGAUGGGAUCCGGAUCAUGGAAUGGUUUAUGAAGAUAAUUAUAGUGAUGAAAACGAUGUAUUAGAUAUUAAAAGUUUAGCAGGUGUCGUUAUGUCAAAUGAUGAAUGUCAAAAAGAAUAUGAUAAAGUUGUCGAGAUUAAAUCGUGGAUGAUAUGUAUUAAAUAUUCAUCGGUAACAUCUGAAUCAUGUUUUGAAAGUCAAGGAGCACCAUUAGUUCAUAACAAUAUAUUAUAUGGAAUUCGUAUGCCAAGAAUACCGGGUGCUGAUUGUUCAAAACCUGAUAUUUUUAUGUUAAUAAAGAAUACUCGUGUAUGGAUUAACUAUGUUUCUAAACAUGUAUAA